GGUUAUGGUUGGGCGUUGUUUACUUUCCGCAAGUAUCAUCCGCUUCAAUGGCACACGAGCAAGCUAGGCCGCCUCGAAGCGCAAGCCCCUUAACUGUGGUCCGUGCGCAACUCAAGAAAGCGGGGUAGGUAAGGUAAGCAACAGAGCGGCAACGAAGCAGCAACAAACAAAACAUCAAGCCGCCGAGUAAAUUUAUCGACCAACAGGGCCGUCGGUGGCCGAAUCGAUGACCUGCAUUGGCUGUGGUAAAUAAACUUAAUCAAAGCACAAUAGUAUUUGCCACGGCAACGAGAAGAUAAGCUACGAACUUAUUAAUAUUGAGGCGUUGAAGAGGGACAAGGGAAAGGAAGGGAAGGGAAGAUGUUGUCGAACCCGGAUUUUGGGUUUGGUACUAGUGCCUUGGAGGCGGCGAGGGUGUUUGCGGAGGAGAUUAGAGGGAAGUGUGUCGUAAUCACAGGGAUCUCCCCCUCCUCAAUCGGCUCGGGCUUAGCUAUGGCCAUCGCCUCUCAGUCUCCAUCCCUCCUCAUCCUCGCCUCCCGCACCCUCACCAACAUCCACACUGUCACCUCCUCCAUUCACGCCCUCUACCCCACCGUGCCCGUCAAAGCAGUAGCUCUCGACUUAUCAAAACAUGCUAGCGUACGAUCCGCUGCCAAAGAAAUUCAAACCAUCAUUGGCAAAGGAGAAAUCGAUGUUCUAUUUAACAAUGCUGGGAUCAAUAUUAGUUGGAGAGAGUUGACUGCUGAUGGAUAUGAGUUACAGUUUGCUACCAACCAUCUUGGUGGUUUCUUAUUGACCAGCCUCUUGUUACCUUUGAUGCUCAAAUCUCAAUAUAAGCCAUUCUCAGCAACCUCGAUAUCCGGUAGCUCCAGCCCCCAAAAGAGAAUCAUCAACACGACCUCCGAAGCCCAUCGCAUCUCACCCAUCCGGUUCUCAGAUCUGCAUCAAACGCCUGGGGCAAAAAUCCCGCCGGAAGAACAGCCCAGAAGAGGUAUGCCGAAAGGUGUAUUGCGUGGUGAGGGUGGAUAUGAACCGGCUGUUGCGUAUGGGCAGAGUAAGACUGCGAAUUUGUUGUUUAGUGUGGAGGUGAAUCGGAGGUUUAGGGGAAGGGGACUGGGGAGUUGGGCUGUGAGUCCUGGUAACAUCAUGACGAACCUCGUCCGAGGAGCGGAUGAGCAGAUGAUGAAAGGUAUGCUCUCGGGCAUACCCAAUUCCGAAUGGAAGACUGUGGAUCAGGGGGCAGCUACACUCGUUGUUGCUGGAUUUGAUCCACGGCUGGAUGUGAGUGAUGGUGUAUAUCUGGACGACUGUCAGAUCAAGAAGCCGUCAAAAUGGGCAUCGGAUCCGGUUGUGGCGGAGAGGCUGUGGAAAGUGAGCGAAGAGAUGGUAGGCGAGGGCAGCGAUCUAGAGACCUUGAACGGGAAUCAAAAGAAGGUCAAUGGAAGCCGGAUUUGAGCAUAUAUCGAUUGAGGUGAAAGAAUGUGAAUGGAGCAAUCCGUUGUCAGCAAGCGAGGUUUCGAGGCUGAAAUACUCUCGGAAUUGACUCUUAGCUCCGAGAAGAAAGAGUUUCAGUGAUGCUUUCACAUUUAAUGAAUAGCCCGAAUAUAUAGCAGUGAUAUUUUGGCGGUGCAACAGCAGUAUACUCAAGUUCUGUCACCCCACUAUAGAAAUACAAUAGGAUUUUUUUCUUCAA